CAGAUUAGAUUUCAGAAAGAGAUUGAGAAGUUGGAGAAGGAGAACAGGGAGCUUAAGAAGAGUCUCCUGCUUAAAGAGAAAGAUGGAUUGCACAAGAAAAAGAUUAAACGCUCUCUGAUAGACAUGUACUCUGAAGUCUUGGACUCCCUAUCCGAUUACGACAUGACGUAUAACGUCCAAGACCAACUUCCUCGCGUCGUCGUCAUCGGGGAUCAGAGUGCCGGCAAGACCAGUGUCCUGGAGAUGAUCGUUCAGGCGCGCAUAUUUCCUAGAGGUUCUGGGGAGAUGAUGACGAAAUCACCGGUGCAAGUGACAAUGAGUGAGGGUCCUUAUCACGUGGCCAGGUUGAAGGAUGACGCCAAAGAGUACGACCUCACUAAGGAGUCUGAUUUGGACAGUUUAAGAAGAGAGAUAGAGAGAAGGAUGAAGAGUAGUCUCCGCAAAGAUCAAACUGUCAGUCAAGAGACUGUAUCUCUCAGUGUGAAAGGACCUGGCCUGCAAAGAAUGGUGCUCGUCGAUUUGCCAGGAGUUAUUAGUACCGUUACUACUGACAUGGCAGAUGACACAAGAGAACAGAUAAAGAAGAUGUGCCAGCACCACAUGUCCAACCCUAACUCCAUCAUCCUAUGCAUACAAGACGGCUCACUUGACGCGGAACGAAGCAACGUGACAGAUCUUGUCAGUAGUAUGGACCCCAGUGGCAGGCGAACCAUCUUCGUGCUGACCAAGGUUGACCUGGCCGAGUCCAUGCUACAUAAUCCAGAUCGAAUUAGAAAGAUUUUAGAAGGGAAAUUAUUUCCAAUGAAAGCCAUGGGCUACUUCGCUGUCGUCACCGGGAAAGGCAACUCAAAUGAUUCAAUCCAGAAAAUAAAAGACUACGAAGAAAGAUUUUUCAAACAAUCCAAACUCUUCAAAGGGGGCGUUUUACGGGCCCACCAAAUGGGCACAAUGAACUUGUGCCUCGCUGUUUCUCAGUGCUUCUGGCAGAUGGUCAGACAAUCUGUUGAACAGCAGGCCGAUGCCUUCAAAGCCACUAAAUUCAACCUGGAAACUGAAUGGAAAAACACGUAUCCCAAAUUUCGAGAGAUGGAUAGGGAAGAAUUGUAUGAAAAAGCAAGAGGAGACAUACUGGACGAAGUUGUCAACCUCAGUAACAUAUCAGCCAUGAAAUGGGAAGAAGUGAUAGCGGAAAAUCUCUGGAGCGAAGUUUCCACUCAUUUCUUUGAAAAUAUCUACCUACCAGCGGCUCACGCUGAGAAUGCUGGUAUCUUUAACACGGCCAUUGACAUCAAGUUGAAACAGUGGGCUGAUAAGAUCUUGCCGAAGAAAUCUAUUGAUGUCGCCAGAGAAACAUUAUUAGAAGAAUUUCUAAACUUACUGACGUCGUCAUCAGCAGCAGCAACAGCAGUAGCAGCGUCAAAUGAUAAUGACGUAUUUCAUGAUCUGAAGAAAGAGAUAGUUGAGGAGUUGAAGAAACGUUUGAAAUGGGACCAGCAAGCUAUUAACAGCCUUAGAGUCAUACAGAUGAACACGUUGGAAGAUCGUUCGGUGCACAACAGACAACAAUGGGAUGAUGCCAUUGUAUUCAUGAGGAAAGUUCUUCUCAAUAAAAAAUCUCAAGGCGAGCACGUGAUGCGAGACAUGCUAGGACCAUCGUUUUGGCAGAAGUACAUGUACUGGAUGUCUCGAUCGGAGGAACAGUCCCUCAGAAGAUCCGUGAAGAAUGAGUUGGAUAAGAUGCUACUCGGUGGAAAUUUGAUGCACAGUUCAAAGCUCGGAAAGGAUGAGUUAAUUGCAGUUAGGAAGAACCUUGAAGCCCAAUCAAUCGACGUCCAAGAUGAUUUUAUAGAGAAAACGUGGCAUAUAAUGUACAGGCAGCACUUUCUCGCCAGGAGACUCAUCACAGCAGCAAACUGCCAGAAGGGCUUCUAUUAUUAUCAGCAGGGUUUUCAAGAUAAUUCGGUCGACUGCAGUGACGUUGUGUUGUUCUGGAGGGUGGAAAGGAUGCUUCAGGCUACCAGCAAAGCUCUGAGACAGCAAAUUAUGAAUAACGAAACCAGAAGAUUGGAGCAAGAUGUGAAGCAAGUGCUGGACGAGAUAUACGAUGAUAAAGCCAAAAUGAAGCAGCUACUAAAAGGCAAGCGAGUUGAACUCGCUGAUGAAAUAAAAAAAGUCCGACACGUACUAGAGCUUCUAGAGGAAUUUGUUCAAGAACUUAAUAAAGAAAAGACAUAA